AUGUUGCCAUUGAAGGAAAAGGACAAAGUUUUGGUGCAGAAGCUGCUGUCGUCCGGCUGUUGUCCGCGCUGCGUUCUACGUUUCUGCUGCGUCAACGUCCCGGCGCUUUACAGAAGACCAGCCCAGGAGCUGCUGAAGGAGCUACAAGAGUUCAUCAGUGAUGACACCACAGGGGAGACCUCAAAGGGUGAAAGCCAAUCAGACGCCAAAGCGGAGCAGGAAGCAGAUGAAGCCCCGCCUCCAAAACGAUUUAAACCAGAAGAGACUGAACCAAUGACAGAGGAGGGAAGCCCUGUGUGUCCAGUGUGUCUGGGAGUCUUAGAGGAGCACUGCGAACAAACACUGGCCUCAAAGGUGGCAGAAACGGUGACGACGGAAAACUACGAAUUUGACUCUUUGGUGUUGUCGGUGUCACUUCCUGCUCAGCUGUGUGUCCGAGAGCAUUCCUGUUGGCUCCAUGUAAAGGCUGAAGUGAGAGCCAAGAGUCUGGUUUUGGACAAAGACGACGUCAUUCAAGUGAAGGAAGCGUUCAAGUGGGUGAUGCAGACGCUGGUCUCCAAAGCACUAGGGGGCGCUGCGGUGCUGUCAAAGAGCUCGUUUGAAGUCGGUGUGGAGUUCGUUCAUCCCGACACGGACUCAGACUGCCAUUUUCUAGCAACCACUUGUUCAGAUUGCUUCAAACCCACAAAAAACAAAGAGUCGGUCUACACACGGAUGGCCGUAGUCAAAGCUUUGGAGAAAGUUUCCGACGCCCAGUUCCUGAAGCAUUACCCGUGUCCCCCGCCGCGGCCCUCCUCCAGCUGUGACUCGCGGGACGUUCAGUGUCUCCACACGUCUGUCUUCAUCGCAGGGCGAUACAACAAGUUCUGCCGCAGUUUGCCGCAGACGCCGUGGCUCAUAAACGGAGAGCGGAGGAUGGAGUCUUCUGUGGAGGAGCUGAUCGCAGGACCCAUCCUCCAAACUUUCAGAGCCUCAGGUAACGCCGAUGAAGUGGCGCACACGCUCACAGAGUCCAGAGUACUCAAAAACACUAGGCACCCGUUUCUAACUUCGUUAAAGUAUUCCUUCCAGACGAAAGACCGGCUCUGUUUUGUCAUGGAGUACGUCAACGGGGGAGAGCUGUUUUUCCAUUUAUCGCGAGAAAGGGUUUUUUCUGAGGACCGGACUCGCUUCUACGGAGCGGAGAUCGUCUCUGCUCUGGAUUAUCUGCAUUCGGCCAAAAUCGUCUACAGAGACCUCAAGCUGGAGAACUUGAUGCUGGACAAAGACGGACACAUAAAGAUCACAGACUUUGGUUUGUGUAAAGAAGGCAUCACUGACACUGCCACCAUGAAGACCUUCUGUGGGACGCCCGAGUAUCUCGCUCCGGAGGUUUUGGAGGACAAUGACUACGGCCGGGCGGUGGACUGGUGGGGGCUGGGCGUGGUCACGUACGAGAUGAUGUGCGGGAGGUUGCCCUUUUAUAACCAGGACCACGAGAAACUGUUCGAGCUCAUCCUGAUGGAGGAGAUCAAGUUCCCACGCACUCUGUCCGCAGACGCCAAGUCCCUGCUGUCGGGCCUGCUCAUCAAAGACCCCAACAAACGACUCGGCGGAGGACCGGACGACGCCAAGGAGAUCAUGCGACACAGUUUCUUCAACGCCGUCGACUGGCAGGACGUCUACGAUAAGAAGCUGGUCCCGCCCUUCAUGCCACAGGUUUCCUCGGAGACGGACACGCGCUACUUCGACGAGGAGUUCACAGCACAGACCAUCACCAUCACCCCGCCAGAGAAAUAUGACGAGGACGGGAUGGACGCGGCGGACAACGAACGGCGGCCUCACUUCCCUCAGUUCUCGUACUCUGCCAGCGGACGAGAGUGA